GAAGAGCAGAAGGCUCCAAGUUCUCUUGCUGGCUUCUCCAAGAUAGGGCUGAGAGAGAUUCCUGCCUGCAACCUUGGAGAAGCUGCUGCCAGUCUGUGAAGGCAAUAUUGAGCUAGAUAGACUAAUGGUCUGACUCAGUAUGUGGCAGUUUCCUAUGUUCCUAAGCAAUAAUCUUUGAUCUGGAAACUCUUCUCCCAAUGCCAGAAGUAUGAGGGCAGGCUGAAGUCACUCAGCAAAGGCUCUUUAUGUAUAUUCAGAAGCACUCUUUAUCAUUGCUUUAUCAUUACCAGUGCACAGCCAUGAUUCUCUUGUCAUUUGAGGCCUGAUGUCAGCAGUGCCCUUGGUUACUUUGGCUGCAUUUAAGAACAAUGCUGUUAAGAGCUGGUCUUGAGCAAGCAUGAAUUGUCCCCUUUGCUAAGCAGGAUCCACCCUGUUUUGCAUUUGAAUGGGAGACUACGGGUGAGCACGGUAAGAUUUUCCCCUUAGGGGAUGGGGCUGCUCUGGGAAGCGCAUCUGCAUGCUUGCAUGCAGAAUGUUCCAAGUUCCUGAAUUCAUGGAAGACAGAUCUAUCAAUGGCUACUAGUCUGGUGCCUUUAGGCCACCUCUAGCCUCAGAAGCAUGAUGCCUCUGAAUACCAGUUGCAAGGGGAGCAACAGCAGGAGAGAGGGCAUGCCCUCACCUCUUGUGAGGCAUCUGGUGGGUCACUGUGUGAGACAGGAUGCUGGACUAGAUAGGCCUUGGGCCUGAUCCAGCAGGGCUGUUCUUAUGUACUGUCCCUGGCAGCAUCUCCAAGAUAGGGCUGAGAGAGACGCCUGCCUGCAACCUUGGAGAAGCCGCUGCCAGUCUGUGGAGACAGUAACUGAGCUAGAUUUACCAAUGGUCUGACUUGGUAGAAGGCACCACCCUAUGUUCCUAAUUUCAGCACGGAAUUGAGGCUUUGUCCCAAUCCAAAUGUGUACACAGCUCUCCUACUCGCCUUGCCAAACAGUGGCCAAUAACACCAGGAAAGAAUGUGGCAACAGUGUUCUCUCUAAUUUAUUUCAUCUGUGUGUGGAAUGAGUUUUGUUCUGGGUGGCAGGAUCUAGGCAGUGAGCGCGCACUUGCAGUCAGAGUGGAGCCUUCCUGACUCAACCUGAGCAGGAUCUAAAACGAACUGAGCGGACAGCGAAAAACUUGUGAGUGAGCGCACAUGCGCAUACCUUAGAGGGAACACUGCUUGGUGAGUAGGGGAGCAAAGUCCAGCCCUUUCAACUGCUUUCUAAGCACUUGACUGGUGCAAGCAAUUGCCAGUGUUUGUAAUAGCUGGGUGGUACUGGCGGGGAUAGGGCCAUAGCUCAGUGGGACAGCAUCUGCUUUGCAUGCAGAAGGUCCCAGGUUCAACCCCAGGCAGCAGGUAGGGCUUCAGGAGACUCCUGCCUGAUACUCCAGAGACCUGCUGCCAGUACAGUUUAUUGUAGCUGGGAAUGAUGGGAGUUCUAGUUCAGCAGCACCUGGAGUGUCACAGAUUGGGAACCCCCGGCCACUUUCCAGAUUGGGCACUACAACAGUGUCACUAUGUGUCCUUUGUGUUCUCGUAUUGCCUGUGUACCGACAUCACAAUCUCUGCGUUGUCAGCAAGGUGCUGUUCACAUUUCCGAUGCCUUCUUUGGGGUUUUAUUGCUGCGUUACAGUCCUGUAAACAACAACAACAACAAAAAACUGUAUUUCCUGUUGUAAGGAGUUUCGUGCAAACUAGAAAAAACUGCUCCCCCUGCUGGUGGCUUUGCACAGCAUCCUUUAUUUACACUACGAUACUGCCAAGCUGAAGUAAAUUAUGGCUGUAUUACCAUGCAAUCUGGAAAGCGCCCUGAUGUAGCUAGAUGGACCAAGAGUCUGGCUCAGUAUAUGAUGUUCUAUGUUCCUGCCAGGCCACUCUGCAUGCUGGCCUGGAACAGGAAUUGUGCAUGCAGCACUCAUUUGCAUGCAUGGUUCAUUGUCCUUGUCUAGCAUGGUUCCAGCUAGAGAGAUGCAUGCAAGACACCUACAUCCACAUGCUUAUGCCCAGGUGUGUGGCUACUAUUGAGCAUGGGGGGAGUGAGUGUCCUCAGGCCGUCACCACGCCGAGCACUUCCAGGGGCUACCAGAGGCUCAUCCUUUAUUUCCCCCCACACCUCUGGGGGGCUGCCAGAUGCUCAUCUGCCCCCACAUUCCCAUGCCUGUAGCAACUGGGGGAAGAAGGGGGCUUGGCUCUUCUGCCUGCUGCACUUGGCUUUUCAUUCCCAUGCCGUUGGGGUCAGGUCUUUCUCUGCCUUGUCCCGAGCCCAACGGCAUGUGCAAAUGCAGUGCUGAGUGCAACUGGUUAUGAUGUCAUGCAUGGGGGUGUGGCUGCCGUGUGCUCGUGCGUGCACACAAAUCAAUGGGGGGGGGCACCAGUCGAGCUCAUCUCACGGUCGCCACUGAGCCCCCUACUCUCCUGCCUAUGCCCCUUAAUUGGAUCAAGGCACAUGAGUUUAGAGUUGGCAGGAAAAGAAGACAACAUCUCCAGCCCUGUAAAGAGAAAGGCAUGACGAGGUAUCCUGGGAUCUUACUUCCUUGCAACCACCCAUCAGACAGCUGCAAUGUGUUUAUUUUUCAAUCAUUGUGGCUCAGAUGAGCAAAAAUCAACCUGCAUCAGCUCUUUGCUAAGAAUAAUAUGCCUCCUCGCCUUGGCUCCUAUGUAAAUGUGUGGGUGUGAAUACUUGGGUGGGUGAAAUAUCCUCUCUUUCCCUAUGCACAUAUGCACCCCCCCAUUAAAACUACUUCUGUGUAGCACGCAUACACACUGCGCAGACUUGCCACUCACAUAACACUGCCAUGCACACACCCAGUGGUGCUGUUUAUACCCUUCCCUGCUCGACCCAUUUCCGCAAACAGCACACAGUGUGCUCUGUCCCCGGGCUUUGUAGCUGGCAGUAUUUUUAACUUCUGAGCAGUCGGAAUGUUUAUAAACUACACUACGGUAGCUAAACUUGCACUUUACAGUAAAUGUGUACUUUGGCCCUGUGCGUGCGUGUGACUUAAAUAACAGCCGUGGGGCCUGAUCAGGAUUGGGACCAGAAUACAUGGGGAAGGGGGCUCUAACCCUUUGCUCCUGCAGUCCUGCUGGCGCAGUCUGUCUAGCUCAGCAGCAUCUACAGUGUGCGAGUGGCAUUUGUGUGGCCGUGCAGUUUGCAUGCACAAAAGCCACACAAAUGGCCUCCUCUGUGCAUCUGCGGAGGCUGGAUCCAUGCCGCCAUGCGGGUGCUUGCUAAAGAGGCACUGUACAUAGGAACAUAGGAAGCUGCCAUAUACUGAGUCAGACCACUGGUCUAUCCGGCUCAGUACUGUCUUCAUAAAGUGGCAGCGGCUUCUCCAAGGUUGCAGGUAGGAAUCUCUCUCAGCCUUAUCUUGGAGAAACCAGGGAGGGAACUUGAAACCUUCUGCUCUUCCCAGAGUGGCUCCGUCCCCUGAGGGGAAUAUCUCACAGUGCUCACACUUCUAGUCUCCCAUUCAAAUGCAACCAGGUGGACCCUGCUUAGCUAAGGGGACAAGUCCUGCUCACUACCACAAGACCAGCUCUGCUCUCCUCACAUGCUUGGGCUAUGCUGGGGGUGGUGGUCGUGAGCAGCAGCACCAGCAGCUGUGCUGGGGCAGGUAACAACAACAGGUAACACAUUGGUCUGACUCAGUAUAUGGCAGUUUCCUAUGUUCCUAUUUAAACUACUUAAACUACUACUCACCACAUCCCACCCCCCACCUCCUCCAGCCACCCGCUUGAUGACAAACCGGUCUGCCCGAACCAGGUUAGUUUUGGUUUGAUUUUUAACCGGGUUAGUUUUGGUUAGUUUUGGUUUGAUCAUGGACUGAAUUGCCCGUGGUUGGCUCCCAUAGUCCGGUUUUCAGUGAUCGUCAUAAUAGCUUCAAUGAGUUUUGUUGGUCCUCAGUCAACGGCCAAGUCUCAAGGGGCUUAUUCUUGUACUGAAGCCAGUGGUUUGGGAGAUUAUAGCUGCACAGGUUUCAAAGGCUUUGCCUGUGUUUGCAUCAGAGUGUUUUCUUCUGUUGAUUUUAUCUGAUUUGGAGGCUAAUGAAUGGGCAAAAACAUUCUGCAAAUCAAUGCAUGUUGUGCUUUCAUUUAGUACAUCAUUCAUCUUUCUCUAGAACUGUAGUAAUUGCUCUAAGAGAUUCUCCAAAGCUUACUUUUGACUUCACAGAUAAAUGAAUGAAACCAAGUUUAUUGCUGAAACCAUAGAACAUCACAGGGGAAAAAUAAGCUACAGGAACACAGGAAGCUGCCUUAUACUGAGUCCGACCAUUGGUCUGUCUAGCUCAGUAUUGUACACUGACUGGCAGCUGCUCUCCAAGGUUACAGGCAGGAGUCUCUCCCAGCCCUACCUGGAGAAGCAGCCAGGGAUUGAACCUGGGACCUUCUGCAUACAGGUGCUCUACCACUGAGCUAUGGCCCCAUGCCUUAAGGGAAUAUCUUCCAGCAUGCACAAGUAGUAUCCCAUCAAAAUGCAAACCAAGACAGACCCUGCUUAGCAAAGGGGACAAUUCAUGCGUGCUAUCACAAGACCAGCUCUCCUCCCAUAGUAUGAAUGUCCAGAGCCCUUCACAUACUGUGGCUGACAUACAUUGAAAUUGAUGUUAUGUGCAUGUUGCCACCUAACAUUCAUGCAAUCACACAAGACCACUCUGGCACAAGUGCAAAGAUUGUGCAAAUGCAGUUGCACAACAGUAUGGCCAUUAUUUCAAACGGCUACACUGUCACACAACUCCAUGUGCACAAUUUUUGUGCGUGUGCAAGUGCAUUUUGGGACAACUACAUGAACAUUACAUUGCAACAUGUAUGUAAAGAUGUGCAGUAUGUCAGCCACUGUCUCUCCUAGCCUUACAACAACUCUGUAAAGUAGGCCAAUAUGACCUCCCCCAGCAAUAUGCCAAAUGGGAGGCUCAGGAUAUAAUGGCUUGCUUAAGACUGCUAGUGAUUUAAUAGCCCAGAUGAGAUUUGAAACAGUGUUUCCCCCUAGUUCACAAAUUGUCCAGAAUGGAUUUAAAAGUAACAAAGAAGAAAACAAGGUGGGCGUGGUGAGCAUCUGGAUGAUGCCCCUUUACGUUCUUCAUACUGAAAGAUCAGUGGCUGCACCAGACAAAAAUAUCAGAAAAGGUCAUGUUUGGGGGUCUCAGAAAGGGCAUUUUUUGGAGGGCGUUCUUUUUUUCAUAUGGCAGAUUUCUGGAAGAGAAAUAACAGUGGCUGACAUGAUGAGGAAAACUACAAAGUAGUGCCAUUGAAAUUAACCUUUUAAAUUUCAAUGAGACUCUUGAUUAGUUUUCCUCAUCAUGUCAGGCAGCAUUAAAACUCAUUAUCCUAAUCGGGAUAAUUCAUCAGAUAUGUGGGCGGGGGGCAGAGCUGAACUAUUGAGAAAAUUUUCAAAGUCAAGGAGUCAAUUCCCCCCGCCCUUUUUUUUCUUUUCAAGUGAAAAAUUGGCAGAUCUGCAGACAGGAUUCUCAUUUGAUGUACUCAGUUCCAUAUACCUUGCCAGCCCCCGCUUCUUUUCUUGGUUUUGGAAAGAGGCGAGUGAGAAAAGGUUGUGUGAAGAUAAACUUGGUUUCGGAUGUUCCGCCCUCGGCUCUCCUCCCUCACACCCGCCCACCCCAUUCCUGGCCCUCAGCAGAGUGAAUGGGUCCCUCCACCCUCUCCCUGGCCCGCCCCACUCCCCUCCUAUUGGCUGCCUGGUUUCUAAGAAGGAAUUUAAAAAGGAGAAUCCUGUUGCAUCGCUCAGGAUUCGAGAGGACAGGAACACCGCAAGGCAAACCUCCUCCCGGCAGCUGCCUGCGGCCAUGCAGACCUCCCAGGCUGUCUGCUCCGUCUGCCUCUUCUUCCAGCUGGUCUUCCCUUCUGGGCGAGGAUGGCAGCUUGUGCUGAAAAAUGAUGCCACCGAGAUCGUGCCAGAGUUCCCGGAGAAUACAGAGAUGCCAGUGGAGCAGCAGCAGCAGCAGCAGUUCUAUGUCCCGCCGGAGAAUGAGACCAUGAACAACCGGGCACAACAGGGAGAGAGACACCCCCCGCAGGUUUCUCUUGGCAGGACUGAACCCCUGGAGUUCAGCUGCCGGGAAGUGUAUUCCACCCGCUACGUCACCGACGGUCAAUGCCGCAGCAUCAAACCAAUCAGGGAGCUGGUAUGCUCUGGUCAGUGCCUUCCAUCCCAUCUCCUCCCUAAUUCGAUUGGCAAGGGGAAAUGGUGGCGGCAGAACGCUCUGGAUUACCGUUGUAUCCCUGCACACAGUCGCUCCCAGCGGGUCCAGCUCGCCUGUCCCGAAGAGGACAUUCGGACUAUCAAGAUCCGAACCAUCACCUCUUGCAAAUGCAAGCGCUACACCCGCUACCACAACCGUUCCCAGCUGAAAGACUUCAGCAAAGAGACUGCCCGGCUUCAGAAGAACAAAAAGCCACGCUUCUCCAGGGCCAGGGGCAGUAAGGCCAACCAGCCAGAGCUCGAGAACUCCUACUAGUCAGGGCCUUUGGUGAGGGUGAGGCCUAGCGCAGAAGUGUAAAGAUUUUUGAUUGACCCACUCUCUCUUUCCGAGGGCGCCACCAGGAGCAUUAUGGGACAGAGUGAGGAGAUGGCCACAGCCGCCACCGCAGCAGCUGCCCCGACCCGAGGUUCAGAGUUGAUGCAAUUGGCUUUGAAGGAGCAGCCAUCAGUUUGAGAGAAAAGUAGCUCAGCGGUUAGAAAGGGGUUGAAGAGUGGGGGGCGGUCCCGACACCACGACAUCCUGCCAGACUUCCUUGUCUGUUUAACACAAGGCUGGCACCUCUCUGCUAAAACCAGCAUACGUCCAUUUUUAGUCCAAUAUGACAUCUCUAAGGGUGUGUGCUCACUGGCACACCUCCCUUUCUCCGUAACACUUUGCUUCUUAAUGGGCUGUGUAUCAGUGUAUCAUCCUUUGUUGCACUGUGGCAUUGCUUGAGCUCUAUGCGCUUUGUUCUCUGUUGAUGGUACCUGUUCACUUCCUCUUCCUGUGAUAACUGGGCUUGCAUUCCUUGCAUCGUCAGGAAUGGCUGGAAGAUCUGGAAAAUCAUGUCACUGCACAGAGCCAGAAGUGCACAUCUUUAUGGACUUUGCAGGGGCAACACGCACCCCCCACCCCCACCCCCGGCUGAAUAGCCUUGGGAAAGUGCCUCUAAUAGGACAUCAACAUAGGUAGCAUCAUGCCAAGUAAGGAAAAGAGAAAGCAAUGUCAGAAAGAUGGUUCACUGGGAGGAUUGCGUUUUAAGUCACAAUUCACAGGCCUGGGAUGAGGCUGAACAUGCUUCUAGGUUAGGCAGACUUGACCUCCAGCAAUUCUCAUUUUAGAAUGAAGCAUUGUCUGCUUAAGGUACAGGGGUCUUCUGGAAGGGGUCUUCUGCCUUGAAUGGGGACUGCCGCAGAGUAGCAUGAUUCUGACAUUUCAGCAUAUUCAGAACCCCCUCCUCUGCACAUGACAUUUCCCCUAUGGAGCAGGGGUGGCCAACCUGAGGCUCUCCAGCUGUUGCUGGACUACAACUCCCAUCACCCCCAGCUGCCAUUUAUUUAUGUUGUAGUCCAACAUCAGCUGGAGAGCCUCAGGUUGGACACCCCUGCCAGAGUAUAGUGAGGAAGCUUGCAUGGAUAUUCUCUGCUUAACAUCUUGUGUGCAAAAGCACGAUGCUUUCCCUACAUGGAGUUAAAGGGGCACAUCCACUUCCAGCCGCAUGUCCAUCAGGCAAAACAAAACAAAACAAAACAAACUUCUAUGCAUUUCAUACACAAUGGUGUAUAUAAGUAUAUAUUUCUCCACCCUGUGGGGGAAAAUGUGUUGUGUGUGUGAAUGGGCUUCAGGUAGGGUGUCUGAAGACUGGCUGAGUGUUUUGACCUAAGGAGUGGACAUUGGCUGGCAUGCUGUGCAAAACUUGGUCUGUGUUUUAAUGAAACAUGCAUGCAGUUGCACCAGAAUGCUCUUGUACAAAUGCGAGCAAUUGCACCAAUGCAGCUGUGCGAUGGAGAGCCAUUAUUCCCCAAAGGCUGCCCAUUGCGCAGCAAUGGUUCACAUGGUUUGUUAAAACACAGAUGGAAUUUUGUGCAGUUAAGUCAGGCAUUCUAUAUCAUUAAGUCUUUUACUAAUAUUCUGGGAAUUGUAACCUUUGUUCUCCCCACCUCCCAUAAAGGCAAAUUAACUGUCUAGUCCUCACUGUUGAAGAAAAACAUUGGAAAAUAAAAGUUUGGGGAACAGAGAAGAAGUUAAAAGAGAACUGAAAUUCAUUUGUUCCAGAAAAAAGAAUGCAAUCUGUGCAAAGGAAUGCAAAGAAUGUGCAUGUAGACAUUCUAGAAAUGGGCUGGUUAUGCCAGUUGCCCAGCCUUUCAUGUGCACACUGAGUAUCAACAGGCAUCACAAUACACAUGCAACCAUCCUGUACUCCUUUGGUUGUUUGCAUUGGGGAUUCCUUUUAAGCAACUAAUUUGUUGGUGCACAUCAGUAUGACAUGGUAUGUCCAUUUUGGGCCUCAUGCAGCAGUGGGCUCUCCUUUGUUGGAUAUUUUCGAAGGCUGAUGGCCAUUUGUCAGGGAUGUUAUAUCAGAUUCCUACACUGAGUCAAGGGAUGGGACCAGAAGACUGAGGUCCUGACUCUGUGUUUCCCUUCUUUGUAGCUCUCUCUAGAUUAGCGUCAUAUUUUUCAAUCUUCCUCAGUGACAAACAUCCCAUUUUUGGCAUUUCUCUGCAAUGGCGCAGUCUAGAAACUCUAUUUUAAAUCACUAGAGGGCAUUUUCUCAGGAUGCUGCAUAAUAACAAUAGUAAGCAUCAGUAUGAAGAUCUGGAUUGUAUUUACAACUUUGCCCAGUCCUUGUUGUUUAUGAUAACUUUUGUGCAGAAGGCGAUUGAUAUCCCCGUUUUACACCGAGAGGCUUAAAGGCUGUGAAAUAUUUUUACCCAGUAUGUUUAUGGCUGAGCAUGGAUUUGAACCUAGUGCUCCCCUAACAAAGACUAAUGUGUUACCCACUAGACCAGGGAUUCUCAGCCUUGGGUCCCCAGAUGUUGUUGGACUUCAUCUCCCAUAAUCUCCAGCCCCAGUGGUCUUUGGUUGGGGAUUAUGGGAGUUGAAGUCCAGCAACAUCUGGGGACCCAAGGUUGAGAACCCCUGCACUAGACCUAUUCCUAGCUGCCCUAGGACUCCUCCGAAGAGCACUGAAUGCUUUCAUUUCUACUCUCACUAAAAGAUGAGCUGCAGCCAAGAGGAAAGAGGACAAUGAGCUUCCUUCACUUCUAGUAUUUGCAAUGGGCACUGCUAGGGGUCAAGCCUCAUAAGAACAUAAGGAUGGCCCUGCUGGAUCAGGCCCCGGGCCCAUUUAGUCCACCAUCCUGUUUCACAAAGUGGCCCACCAGAUGCCACUGGGGAGCCCACAGGCAGGAGUUGAGGGCAUGCCCUCUCUCCUGCUGUUACUCCCCUGCAACUGGAACUCAGAGGCAUCAUGCCUCUGAGGCUGGAGGUGGCCUAUAGCCCUCUGACUAGUAGCCGAUGAUAGACCUCUCCUCCAUGAAGUUAUCCAAACCCCUCUUAAAGCCUUCCAGGUUGUUGGCUGUCACCACAUCUUGGGGCAGAGAAUUCCACAAGUGGAUUAUAUGUUGUGUGAAAAAGUACUUCCGUUUGUUGGUCCUACAUUCUAUGUCAAUCAAUUUCAUGGGAUGACCCCUGGUUCUAGUGUUAUGUGAGAGGGAGAAGAAUUUCUCUCUAUCCACUUUCUCCAAACCAUGCAUGAUUCUAUAGACCUCUAUCAUGUCUCCCUGCAGUUGUCUUUUUUUCUAAACUAAACUAAGCCUUCUCGGAAGCUAUGCCCUAGGUCCUGAACACCCCCCCCGCCCAGAUUUGUGGGGGUUGGAGACACUGAGUGGUGAGAAGCAGACACUCUGCACGUACUUAAGAGUACUCACUUCAUCACUGUUGUUUUAUUUCUUGCCUGGCAAAAGCCAGAACCUGGCUCAUAGAAUGCCCUGUAUACUCCCCCUGCCAACUCCAGCUGCACCUGUGUCCUGGAACUUAUGUUAUAGGCAUACAUGGGAAGUUGCCAGUCUCUGGGCGGUGUGUAUGCUGCCAGGCUGCAAAUGGCAACUACUGGGCGUUCAACAUCUGGGUGGACUCCUCCUCCCCUCCCACAUAAUUCGUGCCUCUUCAUUUGUUCACCUUCUCAGACAGUGUGGCUCCCUCCCGGUCCCCGCCGCAACCUCAGUGGAAUUGGCUUCUAAGUGGGACUAGUGGUGGACUUGGUAAUGAAAAGACUGUAUUUUUUCCAAGAUGAAAAGGCAUAUUUAUUUCCCUGUAAAAAGUAUUUAUGCACUUGAGUUCUUUGCCUUUUUUCUUCAUGUAGCAACUGGGCAGUCCUGCUCCUGAGAUAUUUAGCCUGAUGUUUCAGAGUUAUACCAAUAUAUUCCUAAAGGUAUUAAAUUAAUAAAGUCAUGUCCAUGGAAAAGACAA